AUGACUAUUAUCCUGAGGUUUGUGAAUAGUAAUGGAAUUUUGACAGAACGAUUUUUUGCAAUUAAAAGUGUUAGUGACACUACCUCAUUAAAUCUUAAGAAUCAGAUUUCUGAUGUUCUUGUUCGUUUCAACCUUCAAGUGCAAAACAUGAGAGGCCAAGGGUAUGAUGGUGCUAAUAAUAUGCAUGGUUCUUGGAAUGGACUACAGACAUUAUUUCUUAAAGAUUGUCCAUAUGCAUACUAUGUUCGUUGUUUUGCCCAUCGUUUACAACUCACAUUGGUUUCUGCAGCUAAGGAUGUCUCAGAUAUUAAUUCAUUUUUUUCUCAUUUGGACAAUGUUAUUAAUAUGAUUACAUCAUCUCCUAAGUGCAUCAAUGAGUUGAAAAGUGCCCAAAGAAAAGAAAUUGAGCAUUUGUUAGAAAUUGGAGAACGAGAGUCCGAAAGUGGUGCUAAUCAAAUUGGUAAUUUGCAACGAGCCGGAAGUACUCGUUGGUCUUCUCAUUACAACUCUGUAAAGAGUUUGAUUGAUAUGUAUGCUGCAACUUGCAAGGUGCUUGAGUAUCUUAGUGAUCAUUCUCCAAGUACAAGAUCUCGAUCCGAAGUUGGCGGUGUAUACAAAACCAUAACAACAUUUGAAUUUGUAUUUAUCUUGCAUUUAAUGCGAAGAAUAUUAGCAAUUGCGGAUGUUCUUUGUCAGUCCCUUCAAAAGAAAACUCAAGACAUCUUAACUGCUAUGAGAUUUGUCCGUACUACAAAAACUAUCCUUCAGGUAUUGAGAGAAGAUGGCUGGGAAGAAUUUCUUAAAGAGGUGAAAUGUUUUUGCUCAAAAAAUGAUAUACAUGUACCUGACCUUAAUGGUUCGUAUAUGGUUGGUCGUUCUCGUGAUCGUGAGUAUCCUACCAUUGAACAUCAUUACCACUUUGAUAUUUUCAAUGUAGCUAUUGACUUUCAGAUGAUGGAGUUAGAUACAAGAUUUAAUGAGACAUCAAUAGAGCUCCUUUCUUUCAGUACAGCUUUGGAUCCAAAAUAUUCUUUUGAAUCAUUUAAUAUGGAUAAUAUUUGCAAGCUUGCAGAGAAGUUUUAUCCUGAAGAUUUAAGCAGCAAGAUAUUUAUUGUUUGA